GAGGGAUGUGUGGUGGAAAGGAGAGUUGAAAAAAUAAGGAGCGAGAGGAUUGGGCUUUGAGUCUCUGGCCAGGGCGAAGAGGUCGGACUUCAGAGCCGCUGUAACCGUUGCAACCGCCACAUUCCACCGGAAAACCCUCUCCCGUGAGUGUGCGGAUUAUCGUAACAAGAGGAAUCUCCCCGAAGAAUCGAGGGAUUUUAGUUUUUUUUCUCACCCCCCGAGUAAUCCAUAACCACCCCCCAACAUGUCUGACGACGAGGAGCAAUACUCGACGUCCGAGAAUCCGGAAUUCAUGAAGAGGCAAGAACAGAAGAGAAGCGAUCUCGAUGAACAGCUCAAAGAAUACAUCAUGGAGUGGCGGCAGCAGAGGGCCAAGGAGGAAGAAGAGCUCAAAGGCCUCAAAGAAAAACAGGCUAAGCGCAAGGUGAGCCGUGCUGAGGAGGAGAAAAAAUUGGCCCAGAAGAAGAAGGAGGAGGAGGAGCGUCGUCAGCGUGAGAUUGAGGAGAAGAAACAGCGUGAUAUUGAGGAGAAGAGAAGGCGCCUGGAGGAAUCGGAGAAGAAGCGUCAGGCAAUGAUGCAGGCACUGAAGGACCAGAGUAAGAAGGGCCCUAACUUCACCAUCACCAAGAAAGAUCUCUCAGGAAGCCUCUCCUCUGCACAAAUCGAGCGUAACAAGACGAAAGAGCAACUCGAGGAGGAGAAGAAAAUAUCCCUGAGCAUUCGCAUCAAGCCAUUGGAAAUCGAGGGUCUCGCCAUCGAGAGACUCCGCUCAAAGGCAGUGGAGCUCUGGGACGCUAUCGUCAAGCUGGAAACCGAGAAGUACGAUCUCGAAGAGCGUCAGAAACGUCAGGACUACGACUUGAAAGAAUUGAAGGAACGGCAGAAGCAGCAGCUCAGGCACAAGGCCCUGAAGAAGGGUCUCGAUCCUGAAGCCCUCACCGGAAAAUACCCACCUAAGAUCCAAGUCGCCUCUAAAUACGAGCGUCGUGUAGACACCAGGUCCUAUGACGACAAGAAGAAGUUAUUCGAGGGUGGUUAUGACACGCUUCUAGCUGAACUCCACGAGAAAACUUGGAAACAGAGAACAGAGCAAUUCAUGAAGCGAACUAAAACGAAGUUGCCCAAGUGGUUCGGCGAGAGGCCAGGAAAGAAGAAGGACGACCCCGAAUCACCGGAAGGUGAGGAAGAUGUGAAAGCAGCCGCCGAUGACGACCUAGAGCCAGCUCUCGAAGAAGAAGAGGAGGAGGCUGAGGAGGAAGAGGAGGAGGAGGAGGAGGAAGAGGAGGAGGAGGAGGAGGAAGAAGAGGAAGAAGAGGAGGAGGAGGAAGAAGAGGAAGAGGAGGAGGAAUAAUCCAGACCCAUUGGAGAAGCAACAUUACACCAGAAUCAUCGCGGAUCAUUUACCAAUCAUUAGGCGAACCAUUGAGCGUCACGAGAUAUUUUCUCUGGCUGUUUGCCAACGAUGAAAAACCUCAAUUAUUGACAAAAGUAGAAGUUAUUUAUUUAUUAUCAUCAGAGCAGAUAAACUCGAAAGUACCAACUCAUGGAUUAUCCCUUUGAUUAAAUCAUCUCCCUCUCUGCUAAUUAUAACUAUCUCUUUUACUAUAAUUAUGUUCAUAAAACACACUACACAUUACACGUUAUUAAAAUAAAACGAUUUAUCGUA